AAGUGAUAACGGUGGUCGGCGUCCGCGGCGGCUGUCUACACUCGCGGCAAAUGGCAAUGCAUUUGUGAAGAUCAAUUAUCGUAAUAUUAUUGUUUAAAUACAAUAGUUGUCCGUUGUACAACCGUAGACGUAAUCCGUCUUACACGAUGAUUACCGAAGCUGAAACGCCAGACGAUGCCCCGAAAAAAGCGCUCAUUUACAUUUGUGGUGCGUGCCAAGCUGAAAACGAAAUGAAACCCAAAGACCCGAUCCGAUGCAGGGAGUGUGGUUACCGAAUCAUGUACAAGAAACGAACAAAAAGAUUGGUUGUUUUCAACGCUCGAUGAACUAUUUCCAACAAUAUGAAGUGUACAGAAACAACAAUUGCAAGAUACUACCAACAAUUUUAUUUAUUAAAUUGUGUGUUUUAAUUUUGUUGUAUGAAAAUUAUAAGUGUUAAGUUCCAUAAUAUAAUAUCAUGUAUUGAUUUUCUUAAAUAGUGUCAUUUUUAAAUCAAAUAUACUUUAAGGAAUAAGUAAGUCUUGAAUAAAGGAGAACCUUAUCAGAAUAAA